UCCAAAAAAAAAACACAAAACAUGAAACGUGCCAAUUUAAUAAGAGGUCAAUGUUUGAGUUUAAGGCCUCAAGGUAGCAGUAAAAUGGAUCGUUAUGAAAAAUUAAGUCGUUUGGGUGAAGGCUCUUAUGGUGUGGUUUACAAAUGUCGUGAUCGUGAAACGGGCCAACUAGUGGCUGUUAAAAGAUUUGUGGAGUCAGAAGAUGAUCCUGCCAUUAGAAAAAUAGCUUUAAGAGAAAUACGUUUACUAAAGAAUCUAAAACAUCCAAAUUUGAUUUCAUUACUUGAGGUAUUUCGCCGCAAACGACGUUUACAUUUGGUAUUUGAAUUUUGUGAACUAACGGUGCUGCAUGAAUUGGAACGUCAUCCUCAGGGCUGUCCGGAGCAUUUAACGAAACAAAUUGUCUAUCAAACGUUGCAAGGAGUUGCAUAUUGCCACAAACAAGGCUGCCUGCAUCGUGACAUCAAACCCGAAAAUAUAUUGUUGACAGCGCAGGGACAAGUGAAAUUGUGUGAUUUUGGUUUUGCUCGUAUGUUAAGUCCUGGUGAAAACUAUACAGACUAUGUUGCUACACGUUGGUAUAGAGCUCCCGAACUGCUGGUGGGUGAUACACAAUAUGGCACCCCCGUAGAUGUAUGGGCUAUUGGUUGUCUGUUUGCCGAACUGGUACGUGGUGAAGCAUUAUGGCCCGGGCGCAGUGAUGUGGAUCAAUUGUAUUUGAUACGUAAAACAUUGGGUGACCUUCUGCCAAGACACAUACAGAUAUUUGGUCAAAAUGAAUACUUUAAGGGCAUCACUUUACCAGUGCCACCCAAUUUAGAGCCAUUAGAAGAGAAAAUGCCAGCCAAGUCUUUACAAAAUCCUUUAACAAUAGAUUUUUUAAAGAAAUGUUUGGACAAAGAUCCAGCCAAACGUUGGUCUUGUGAAAAACUUAUCAAACACUCCUACUUUGAUGACUACAUUGCCAAACAACGUGAACUGGAAAGUCUCAAUAGUUUAGAGGCAGCAAAUCUACGACAACAGCAGCAGCUCUUGCAACAGCAUAUGUUACAACAACAACAUUUGCAACAACAGCAGCAAGCACAACAAUCACUAUUGCAGACUUCACAGGCGGUGGCACAAGCACAAGCCGCAGCAGCAAUAGCAGGCAGAGAUAAAUCAAAGACUUCAAAUACCUCCCUUCCUUUAUUGCCAUCCAAUCAUCAUCACCAUCAUAACCAGGAUUAUGGAAAGUUGCAGCCACUCAAUAAAAAUUCCACAUUAUUUCCAAGAAGUGAACAUCAUUUACCCACUAUUUAGAGGAAAUUUGUA